GCCCGUUGUAUUAUGUACACAUGGGGGACAGACUGAGUGAAGAGUGAGAGAGGAGUUAGGCAGGGCUGUAUAUUGUCACCAACCCUUUUUAGCCUGUAUACAGAGGAGGUAGCAGCCAGGAUGAGAAGAAUGAAUGUAGGGGUAAGUGUGGGGGAAUGAUAAAGUAUGUGUACUCCUUUAUGCAGAUGACGUAGUUGUUAUGAGUGAAUGGCAGAUGAGCUUCAAAGUUUGUUGGAUGUAGUGGAUGGCUAUGGUAAAGACUUUGGAGUAAGGUUUAGCAGUGAGAAAAGCAAAGUAAUGAUUGUGAAUGGGUCAGAGGAUGAAAGUAAUGUGGUAUGGAGACUUGGAGAGAAUGAGUUGAGACAGGUGCAAGAAUACAAGUACUCAGGGAUGUGGAUGAGUCCUAGUGGGUGUGCAAAGGCAAAGAAUGAAAAGAUAAAUAUGCUAAACCAGUGGGUAGGUCGACUGGGAAGCGCGGCAAGGAUGAGAGCAAGUAAGUAUGAUGUGUUGAGAGAAGUGUGGAAGAGUGUGGCUGUCCCAUGUAUAAUGUAUGGUAUGGAUGUGAUUGCAUGGAAGGAAAAUGAAAUUGAAAAGUUAGAAGUGGGCCAGAAUAGAGUAGCAAAGAUUGGCACUGAGUCCACCGAGGGGCACAGCAGUUGAAGCCUUGAGAGGUGACAUCGGAUGGCGCACCUUUAGGGAAAGACUCACAAAAGCCACACAAGAUUAGGCUUGAGAGAAUGGAUGAUGCAAGAAUAGCAAGGAAGGUGUACCUGUGGAAUGAAAGUGGAAGCAAAUGGAGGAAGAGAUGCAUGAGAAUGACAGACAGGAGUGGAUUGCAAGUUGUGUGGGCGAUAAGAAUGGCUGGUAGGAAUCAAAAUGAGCGUGAAUGGGUGGUAACAAGAGGAGGAAGAGUGGGAGCCGAAUGGGAUGUGAGAAAAUGGAAGAAUGAGAUAGACAAAGAAGUGAAAUGUGUGGGACUGAAUGAAUGGAAGAAUGAGAUGGAAAGAAAGAAGACCCUGGAAUGGUACAAGGAGAAAGAGGCCCUGAGGUAUGAAAGGUGGUAUGAUGGAAGCCUGGGCGGUGAUCUUCUCUUCCGAGCGAGGGCACAGUGUAUGGAUGUGAAUGCGAGGAGUUACAGGUGGUCUGAGUCCCUGUGCCAGAUGUGUGACAUGGGAGAGGAUGAGACGGUGGAACAUGUGGUGCUGGAGUGUGUGCAGUAUGCCAGAGACAGGAAUGAGAUGAUGCAAGUGAUACUGACUGAGUUAGGGCAUGAUACGAAUGAAAGAGUGGAGAACACAGGAAAGGAAUGGAUGGUGUUGUUGCUGGGACUGUGUAGAGAGGCGAGUGAAAGAAUGAUUGAGGCUGUGAAACAGUUUCUGGAGAGAAUGUGGCGUGUCAGGUGUAUGAACAAUUAGGAUAGAGGAUGCUGUUCGUUUCUCUCUUUUUUUUUUUCCCCUUCUACAGGAGUUGUCGAUCCAAAGGCCUGACUCAGGAGUGAUCCUGUGCCACCUGUACCAUCAAGAUCAAGAUCAAGACAACAGUUCCCUCGUGUUUACUACCACAGUGCAUAGAAAUCUUAUCUUUUUUCGCAAAUUUCCCAAGUAAUUCCCCACCCCGGAGGCCGCCCCCAGUACCCCAGUUCCCUGCAUCCAUGGUUGACCCGUGUGGCUCCUCUCUGGUGGUGAAAGCAAGUGACGGCAAGAUGGUGAUGGUGACCCUGCCCAACCCCCUCCAGGAAAACUUGGAGGGUGUGACUGAGGGAGGGGCAGGGUGUGGGUCAGGGGCAGAAGGUGACGUGCCAGAGUUACGUCACGUUCCCCCAAAUGCAGGCCGGCAAGUUUGCUGACGUCACCAGUCGUCAGUGCACGGCGGGUGCUGCAAGGGGAACGAGGAGGUGGACCUGUUCAGCUCCUCAUCCCUCCCUGCCCUCUCCCCUGACAGGAGCAUGCCAGACCCAGGGGUGCCCAAGGAAACGGUUGCGGUGGAAACUGGCGUACAGCUGUGCCUGAGCCUGCCGUGGACGCAUUUCCCAGCCCCCGAACUGAACGGUCAACCUGCCGCCAAUCUCAACUUCAACCAGAACAGCUCGGACACGGCUGGCCAGGACAACCACCGCAACACAGACAUGCACGCACCUGAUAUGGACAUGAAAAUGGAGGGACAGGAGUCCCACGUGAUGGUGUCCGACAGUGAUGCCUCAGUGCAGGAGGGGGAACGGCAGGCAGAGACCCGCAAGUGCCCCUGGGAGAAGCCUGGAGAGUGGCCUGAGGCAGUGAGUGCUUGAGUGGAGCCUUCACACCACACCAGGUUGUGAUGGUGGCGGCAUCUGGGGCAGCAAGAAAGUGGCAGCCAUUUCAUUGUGUUUUUUAUAAUCAGUAAAGAAUUGAGAGUAUAGAUAGUGAGAUUAGAAGGAGAAACACUGUGAGAUUAGAAGGAGAAACACUGUGAGAUUAGAAGGAGAAACACUCGUGAAUUUGUCAGAAUAUGACCAUGAACAUAGUGAAGUAUAGCUGAUGAUAAUAUACACAUGAAGUGUCCUUGCCUUGCCAUAUCAAGCUUCUUUUGUAUUUUAUUUCUUUCAGUUAACCGAGCCAAUGAAAGCAGAAUCAAACUUUCCAUUCCAGUCAACUGAACCUGUGAAAGUUCCCAAUCCGGCCAAGCAGGUCUCAGAAGGUGCGGCGUCCAUGCACCCCGUGAUGGUGCUGCACCAGAUGAAGCCUGGCCUGCUGUACAACACUAACCAGACCACCAGGGAUAACAAGCCUUUCUUCACCGUCACCGCCGACAUCGAUGGCAAGGAGUUCUCAGGCAAGGGGACAAAUGUGAAGAAAGCCAAGUUCUUCCUGGCCAACACAGCAAUACUGGGACUGUACGGGGUAGAAUCCACCUUUGAGAUCUCCGCUUAAUAGAAGUACUAGCUGCCUGGGUACUGGCGGCGGUGUGCGGGGCAGGCGGUCCCUCGCACACGUGGCUGUAGAGUCUGCUACGUGAUAAUGACAAAGUAGAUAGGUAGCUACAUAGUAUUUUAACCUGAAGUCCUGUCUGUGAGUGUUGUCUUGUAUGUUGCUGCUUGCUGAAGGCAGGGAAUGUACUGAACUGGACCUGAGUGGCUUACAAAACUCCUGUGGAAGGGAAGUGAUGGUCUGUGCUAAAUGUUGCAGUCUGACGAGUGACGUGGAAUUCAAUUUUUCCACGUGUAAAUUCUUCCAGUCCAGUGUUUACCUUUAUUUUGUUCCAGCUCUGUUACUUAGUGCCAGAGUUAGAAGACUGACAUUUAACGGAAUUCUUAUUUAUGAUUUUGACGUACUUUCUUUUCCCAUUUAUUUACUUAGCCCAUGAAGUGUGGGUGCUCCUUGUAAAUGGUCGGUGCUGAGCCUGCCAUGAAUGCAAAUCAAAUGCAGCUGAUUGUGAAAGACAGGCACAGGAGAAGGGGUCAGUCACUCAUUCCUGCUUGUGUCAGAUCACUCAUCUAGUGUUCUGCUGUGGAGUGGAGUGGGUGAUGAGAGGGCUGUGGUGAUGGGACAGUGACAGACAAGCCCUACUUACUGAAAACAAAAGUGUGCGAACUCAUCACAUCAACACUUAUUUAGCUUCCUGACAAAAAUGGCAUCCAGUUUCAGAUGUUUAAGGUAUUUAACUCAUCUAUUUAUUUAAAGGUACCCACUCUUUAUGGGUUAAAUGAAAGCUGUACUCUAGUUUAGCAGUCAGUCUCACCACUUGGUUUAAUGUGAGCAGGUAAGGAAGCCCUAGAACCUGGCCCUUGGUUAGGUUCUGGUGACUUCUGGCUGGAAUCUCAGUACCUUAAUUUCUCUUCUGGUUGAAACUUUCUCCUCAAACACAACUGGCUGGAGCUGAGUCCUGGGAUGGUCAGCUGUUUAAAUAUUACUACACAAAAUGUUAUGAGUUUGAAUACAUAAUGAAAAUUUCUUUAAUGUGUAUGUAUGUAAAGGUUAUAAAAGCAAGUAUUUUUUUUCUUUUUCAAUUUUUGUAUAUAAUUGAGGUUAAGAUGAAUUUGAAACAUUGAUUGCAAUUUAUCAAGCUGGUGUUUUUGGUUUUGAAGGAAGUGUAAGUGCAAGAGGUAUGAAUUUGAAACAUUGAUUGCAAUUUAUCAAGCUGGUGUUUUUGGUUUUGAAGGAAGUGUAAGUGCAAGAGGUAUGAAUUUGAAACAUUGAUUGCAAUUUAUCAAGCUGGUGUUUUUGGUUUUGAAGGAAGUGUAAGUGCAAGAGGUAUGAAUUUGAAACAUUGAUUGCAAUUUAUCAAGCUGGUGUUGGUUUUGGUUUUGAAGGAACUGUAAUUGUGCAAGAGGUAAUCAUUUGAUCAGAGUGGAAUUAAUGAAGCAGUUUACCACACCAGUAUUGUCAUUCCUGCUCCCUGUGUGUCCACCUUACCUCUCACACCCUGACGUUUGCCUCAACGCCUUCAUUUAUCACCAAUGCAGUUAGGUAAAUUAUCACUUAUUACUAUUUUCUCAUAUGAAUUCAGAAACACUGUCAGCUUAUCAAAUAGUGUAUCUGUUAAUAUAACCUUUUGUAGGCAACUUGUCCUGUAACCACCUAUGACAUUUUAGGCUCAUUUUUGUACCAGCCUCUUCAACAGUUCUAUAGCUUAUGGAAAACUAAAUUAACUUCCUAUUCUCUCAUUUCCUCUGUCCAUACCAGCAGUUCUCAUAGUACUCUCAAUGUUGAAGGAUGAUAGCAGUCCAAGGGCAGAGCUAGUGAGUUUCUUUGAGUCUCCCCAAUAAUUGUUUUCUUUUGUAGCUUGCGGUGAAGAGGAGGAUAAUAGCGGUAAUUAAAGGUUUAGUGAUUAUAUGAAAAAAGUAUUUUUAUAAGGCGUGUAUUCGUGGGAGUGAUUUAAAAGUCUUGAAACAUUUAUUAUAAAUAGUCUUUACUUAUUUCAACUGUAGUUUUCUCUAAUCAAUGGUAAUACGAAUAAUAGAAUUACAUCAUGUUGCGUCAGCCUACCAGUAACUCAUAAGGUAUCAUACCCUAGCUUAUAAAAUAUGUUAGUAAUUUAGAAUUCAAUUAUUAACUUCAACUAAUGUCCAGCCUAUAUGCUCACCUUGCUAGCCAAUUAUUCCUGCAUUUUUAUUUAAACUCACGGUUCAGUAAAAUUAUUUGUGAAAGAAGAGAGAGAGAGAGAACUAGCUAAGGUUCCAAUAACUUCAGAUGCCUGUGGGUGUUGAGGGAGAGAGCACAAAAUGGCGUCUCCCUUCCCUCUGGCAACAGGUGGGUCUCGUAGCUCUGAAAUAUUUGAUUUUUCUUUUAUUUAGAAGUGAAUAUUACUGUGUUCAUGUUUAUUAUUCAUGUCUCUAGUGAAGAUAUAGUGACUGUACGUGUUGACAGAAUGGCGUCUCCCUUCCCUCUGGCAACAGGUGGGUCUCGUAGCUCUGAAAUAUUUGAUUUUUCUUUUAUUUAGAAGUGAAUAUUACUGUGUUCAUGUUUAUUAUCCAUGUCUCUAGUGAAGAUAUAGUGACUGUACGUGUUGACAGAAUGGCGUCUCCCUUCCCUCUGGCAACAGAUAAAAUAGCCGGUGUUGGUCCCACGUGGAGACAGGCCACAGUCUUGGGAAAGCGUUAGCCAUGUAAUGUUUCUUUAGUCAAAUAUAAUCUACUGUGAAUGUGUUGUGAGCAAUAUUAUUGCCGUAGAGAAGUGAUGGAGGAAGGCUGUGACGUUAUUUAGGGAUAUAACGGUGCCCAGAAUGAAUGGUGCUCUUGAGGAGUUAUAAAAGUAAUUAUUUUCUUGUGUAUUCGUAGUGUUAAGUAACGGAGUAUAAGUGUAUAUGCCAUACCAGAAUUUCAAGUGUCAUAGUGGGUCAGUCAACCCAAAGAAUCCCAUCAGUAUUAUUCAUUUAAUUAUUUUUGCUAUUUUUAUAUUUUUCGUUCCUCCUAAUAAAGCCACACUGUAGG